AUGGACCGACCAAGUGACGAUGAUGAAGAUGCGGAGUUGGACCUCGACCUCCUGGCGAUCAACGAGGACGACGUGCGUCAAACCGUCUACAAGCAGACUGGCAAGCGCAAGAGUGAAGCAAGACCCGGCAUGUCACGUUCAGCUCACCCUCGAACUGGAUUGGAACAAGCAAGUGCGCCGGAACACGUCUCCAACCGUCACCAGAAACGACGAUCAAGUGCUCCAGAAACGAUGUCUGUUGACGAAGAAGAUGCGAGCGUCCACGAUCAAGAUGACGACUCGACGCCUUCAUCAUUUUGGCGUGCAAGUGCAAACGCAGUGGAAGCAACGGACCUAGCAGAACCUGUGACUUUUCAAGACACGAUCAAUUGUCCUGAUCAAGCUCACUGGAGAAAUGCUGUGAAGGCGGAACUCAAGUCGAUGCAUCUUCGUGGAGGUUUCCAUGCGGCAAAACUGCCAAGAGGCCAAGGCGCGAUCGGCACCAAGUGGGUGUUCAAGAUCAAGCGCAAAGCGGAUGGAUCGGUCGAGAAAUACAAGGCGCGUCUCGUUGCCAAGGGCUUCAAGCAGAAGUACGGCAUCGACUACACAGAGACGUUCUCGCCCGUGGUCAAGUACGUGACACUGCGUAUGGUGAUCGCGAUCACCAAGUAUUUCGACUGGCCACUGGACCAACUCGAUGUGGUGACAGCCUUUCUCUACGGAGUGAUGAAGUAG